AUGGACCGAGACCCCCACAGUGUCGGGAGAGAGGAGAGGACCCGGCGGCAUACCUCAUCCUGCCGGGGUGAACGCCCCCGCCUCUCUCUGCCGGCGUCCAUCACCAAGAUGGCAGCCGGUAGGUUUCAAGCUUGCGCCAUGACGACACGGAGGCCUCGUGACACCCCUACUUCCUCCUCUCCGUGUGACCGCUCCCCCAAAGCCUCUUCUCCCUCUGUUGGUCGCACUCUGAUGUCAUCACAUACAACGCAGGACCAGCAGACUUGCAUUGUAAGUGUGGAUGUCAAGGGCCCGCCCACAACCCGGAGCAUCGGAGGGAAGAGGAGAGCAGCGGCUGGUGUGAGGGACUCCGCCGCACACGUGGGGAAUGACAGGCGGAUUUUCAUGGAACGCCGAUACCGCACAGUGCCUCAUGGAGCCCAUGCUGGCUGUGUCCGUCAUCCCUGUCCGUCGCUGUGUCCAAAGCUCCAUCCCGUCGAGAUCACCGGCUGGGAGAGAUUUCCGAGGCCCGGCACAGGACUCAUCCUUUACCGCCUGCUCCGGGGGAAACGCCCAACGCAUGUGAAAGUGAACUGCUGGUUUUGCAACCAGAAUACAGUGGUGCCCUAUGGCAAUCGUAACUGCUGGGACUGCCCAAACUGUGAACAGUACAACGGAUUUCAGGAGAAUGGUGACUACAAUAAACCUAUCCCCGCACAACACAGUGAACACCUCAACCACGCAGUGUCCAGUGGUAAGACGAUGGCCGAGGUCACGAAACAGCAGCAAUGGGUGAACUGUCAGCUUCUGCUGUGUAAGAAAUGCUUCAAUAAUCAGAACACCAAGAUAAAGCAGCUGGCGUCCUUCAUUCCCAGAGAGGAGGAUCGAUAUGAUGAGGAGAUUGAGGUAUACAAACACCACUUGGAACAGAUGUACAAACUGUGCCGGCCAUGCCAGACCGCUGUAGAAUUUUAUAUCAAGCACCAAAACCGGCAGCUAAGGGCGAUCAUGCUGAACCACCAGCUAAAACGGAGGGAAGUGGACAAAAGUUACGUACAGAGCUUUGCCAGUGCCUCGUGGACGCGGGUUCCUGUGCCAGUCAUUGUCUUGCGGUUUCUGGCAUUCCUCAGCUGCAUGUUCCUGGUGUCCGUGGCCUGCUUGGGUUCUAGGGAUCUCUUCCCUCCAUCCUUGACGAAAACAUCCAGCUUCGAAUCGCAGAUCAGUAACACCUCUGAGCCAGAUGCGAGACAGCCCACUCUCUGGGAGGAGGUCCUCGAUCUUCUUCCCGAGCACACACUGGAGAGCAUUAACGAUGCCUGGCAUUUUGGACGAAACCAUCAAAUUGGCUUAGUGGUCUUGGGUCUCUUGGCUUGUGUCUUCGCCAUGGUUUUAGCUGGUCGAAUCAGGAUGCGGCGAGUUGACGCUUGUGCGUCCUUCUUGUGGACCCUGGUGACGGGCAUCUACCUAUCAGAAACCUACCUUUUGAGGGAAUCUCCAAGCUGGCUCGACACCGCCAAGCUGGGUACAACCUCCUUGUGCUGCCUUGUCGGUUUUGCCUCUGCGGUGGCCACACGGAAAGCAACAAGUCAACGGAGACAGCGGCCACGAAGGUAUCUUUCUGGCGACCCCGCCUCUUCAUUUGGAAGCUUGGUUAAUGGGGCUGUUCUUCCGGACCUGUCCUCUGCAUUGUUAUCUACUCCACCGGGGCUUCUGCAGUUGCUGAACCAGCAGGCCAGUCGAUUGCAGCGCAAAGCUUCCUCAUCUUCCCUGCCCGGGCGCCUGAGCAGAGCCCUCUCUCUUGGAACCAUCCCGUCCUUUACCCGAACAGAUUCGGGGUAUCUGUUCAGUGGCAGCCGUCCAGCGUCUCGGGCGUCUACAUACAAGGAUUCUGCAGGAUCAGAUUAUUAUUCCCUGCUGUCGGGAAGUUACGCCUCAUCGCCUCUCCCAUCACCUACUCCAUCUGUGGCCGGUUCAGCCACAUCUAGCUGUGGAUCCAUGCUUCACCGACGCCCCCUGAUAAGCCCAGCCCGUCUGAACUUGAAGGGACAGAAGCUGAACUUCUCUCCUACCCAGUUUGACAAAACACGUCCCAACUUUGAAGACAUCACCUACCCGGACAGCAGCAUGUGUCCAUUGGAGUUCACCAACUUAACGACAAAGAGCCUGAAUCACCCGAAGAUGAUGUCUGAAACCAGGAGUGACAGCAGUAACACUACGCCUAGAAAAGAGGACAGCUCCUCCCAUUCUUCAGCCUGCCCGGUGGACACAACCACGGCUUUCCUGGACUCCCCAUCUAGCUGGAAAAGUUGGGGAGGGACGACACUCCGCUGGCUUUUGGUGCUGAGUCUGACCGGCAACAUAUUUUUCUCCUCAGUGUACCUGUACAGAACUGUCUACUGACUCCAUGUAAAUAACUCCACUCCCCCCCCUUCCUCUGAGCAAUGUGUCACUUGGUGCUCCUGAAUAUCCUGACACUGCCUGACCAUCACUGGUGCUGCCCCCUGGCUGCUGCGCGGGCUCCUGUGCCUGCUCCGAACCAACCAUUUCUGUAUUAUAGGACUUUGUUCUGUAUUGUGAACUGUUACAAGUUACACAUCGAGCUGAAGACUGUAUUAAACAGAGAAAA